AUGGAGAGGGAUCUUAUAACUCCAACAUUCAAACUGAAGAGACCACACCUACUUAAAUAUUACAAGAUAAACUGUACAGUGAAGCAAAGGAAGCAAGGGUAUGACAGCAAUGUCGAAAGUCAGAAGCUACUGGAGAAAAUCUUUUUACCACAAUUUCCCAAAGAUGUGAUUGCUGACAGUGGGCAGGUGCUACCCACAAAGACUCUGGAUUCGGAUCCCUGUGAGUCCGUCUAA